GUUGCACAGACUGGAAAGAGAAGUCGUCAGUCUUUAUCUCCACGACCAAGAGUCCCUUUGCAAAUUUGUGGUAUCAUUUCCCUAAACAACCCGGGGCCGAGCUGUACUUUAGUUCUUCAGUUCCACAUUUUCCUGUCUCAACAGAGACACAAACCCAGCUCUGAGGGCUCUUUCUUUUUCUUUCCUUUUAAAUUUUAAGCAUCGCCGACGGAAUUCCGAUCAUCUUUUUUUCGACCAUGUGUAACCACGGCCUAGCAUCGACACGUGAAGGAUGUAAGAGUUUAGACAUCUCUUCUUUCUAGAGAGAAGAUGGAAACAUCGCUGAUUUCCUUGACUCAACUGAACAUGUGUGAAUCAAAGGAAAAAACUUUCUUCAAGUUAAUACAUGGUUCACCAAAAGAAGAAACCGGCAAAGAGGCCAAAAUCAGAGCGAAGGAGAAGAGAAAUCGGCUGAGUCUCCUCCUGCAGAGACCGGAGUUUCACGGCGAGACACACGCCAGCAGAUCGGGGCACGAGGCCAAAGAAACGAGGCUCUGCCCUGAAGAAGCGAUAAGAUGGGGUGAAUCGUUUGACAAACUGCUUUCUCAUCAAGCUGGCCUGGAGACUUUUACCAGAUUCCUGAAAACUGAAUUCAGCGAGGAAAACAUCGAAUUCUGGAUGGCCUGUGAGGACUUCAAGAAAAGCACAGACCCUCAGCAAAUGAGCCUGAAAGCGAAAGCGAUAUAUGAGAAAUUCAUCCAGAAUGAUUCUCCCCAAGAGGUGAACCUUGAUUUCCACACCAAGGAACUCAUCGCCAGGAGCAUCGCCCAGCCCACCCUCCAGAGCUUCGACGCCGCGCAGAACAGAGUGUAUCAGCUCAUGGAGCAAGACAGCUACACGCGCUUUCUGAGGUCUGACCUCUAUUCCGACCUGAUAGCAGGAAGAUCUCCGAGGCCCAGCAACCUCAGAAGACGAUCCCGCUCCUUCACCUACAACGAAUUCCAGGAUGUGAAGUCCGAUGUCUCCAUUUGGCUAUAAAGAGCAUUAACUGUGCUCAUUCGGGUGGCAAGAGGGUGCUUCUGAGACACAGCGUAUGUUCACAAAUGGGUACAUCAUUUAAAAUAAAACACAUCGUGGAGAAGGGUUUUAAGAAUGUCAAUCAACACUGAUUCUGGCAGGUACAUCCUGUAUCUGCCAAUAUAUUCUGUAACACCCCACUUGACUUGAGCCCACUCAUAAUGAGAACAGACAUGAACAGACACUGAUGUAUGAAUAUCAACCCAAAGGUAAUAUAUAUGAUACCUGACUAUGAAGUAAGUGCAUUGAAAGAUCAAGAUUCACCCCAUAAAACUUUAUUUAUCUAUAUUAUUCUUCAGCCUAUCAGGAAAUAUUACAAAGACACUCUCUUUUUAAAAAAAUAAUGUGAUCAUGAAGGAAACAAGAACUUUGCAAUUGAGUCUAUUAAUUUAUUUUUUGCUAACCAAUUUAGGGCAUAUUUUCUUCUUUUCUAUUUGUUUCCUCUCCAGCUGGCUAUUUGGCCAAGAAUUUUAAGUAAAAGAAGUUUUCAGGGUGUUAUACUUACACAUAAAUAGAUAUGUAUCAACAGCUUGAUUUUUAAGAGGUAAAUAAUAACUAUAAUUAUUCUUCAGUCUACUGAGUAAGUGUAAUUUCUCUGCCACAGUAUACUAUUUCUCCCUCAUUAAGGAAAAUCCUUAGGCAAAUGUUGCAGGUAAAAUAAACAGACAAUAUUUAUACUUUACCGAGGAUUUUGAGUCAAAAAUUAGAAUUACAAAUAACAGAUAAAAAGUAAUUGGAGAGAAAUAAAACCAAUAACUAAACAAUGUGUUUUAAAAUAUCAUGGUAAAAGAAGCAUUUUUUAGUCCCUGUAUACUGAAAAUAUUAUUGAUUGUGUUUAUCCCAGCAACCAUCAGUAUCUGCCUAAAACAAGGAAAGGCUAGCAUUUAAUCUUCUUUUCUUCAUUUUUCAUACAAACUCUCUGAAAUAACUUAGAUGGGGCCUCAUUGAAUGCCUGAGUCAGAAAAUGUACCCCCAAAAGGUAGAGUUAUGUAAUUAUCAUGGCAGAAAAAUUUAUUAGUGCCUAUUGAGUAUCAGGACUCUCUUCUAAUAAAACACAGUAUCAGGUGAAUAUAUCAAAUACCGGAAAUUAAACCUUAAAUCAGAACUCAAGAUGAAACUCGGUUCUUUCCUUCAAAUUUUUUUUGCUGAUAUUAUAAAUAUAUGUGGUGUAUAGACCCAUACGUAUACAUUACUAUUGAAAGAAGUUCAAACUACAUUUUAAAAUCAAUUGUUUUUUUAAAUUUUAUUUUGCAUAUAAAAUGCUAAAGACACUACAAUUUAAUUGAAUGAUAAUAUUUGGAGCAAUGAAAGUUGGACAAAUUUAUUUUAUGAAAAGAAAUGAACUAUGUUUAUCGGCAUAGUAUCUGAACUAUUAGCCAUAAUUUCUAAAAAUAUUAAAAGUGUAUUCAUAUAUGUAUGCAUAUGUAUGGACACAGUACCAGAUUUCCAGAUUUUUGGAAGGGCUGAGAUACUUAAUAAAUUCAUUUUGCAGUAGAAUUGCAUAUUUAAUAAAUAUUCAAUAUUAAAAUACUAAGUUGAGAUAGUUCUAUCUGGCUUUUAGACUGAAGAUAUGUAUUACUUAUUAAAUGAGUUAAUCUCUUCAAUUCAUUUCUAAAUAGAAGCUACCUUAAUUUUUAGAUAUUUAGUUGUAUAAUCUUUAAAAGACUUAAUUGGAGUUGUUGAUUUACUCUUUUGUUUUAUAAAAACCCUUAUUGCUUCUAUUUAAUACUUUCUUAUUGCUUCCAAUAGUCUAAUGCAUCUAUAAAAUAAAUGCAAGAAUGACUAAUCCCGGUGAAAAUUAAUAUUCUAAAAAGCGAAAAACUGAAAUUGAUCACAGAGGUUAAUUUUGUCUCCCAUGUUUCAAAGCUGAGUUUUUGGCUGAGAUAUAAACUGGAUUGUUUGCUCGGGUCUCUUCAAAGGGUAAGUGAUGAUUCAGACCAGACUUGACUGCAACAAGAAAGUUUUUUAAAAGAUUGAGAUAUCAAAUGUAAUACCACAAUGAUAAACUGAGAAGUUUGUAAUGACUGUCCCCUUUUUAAAAAUAUCUAAUUAUUUCUCUCUUAUUAAUAGGGAUAUUUUUACAUCUCUAUUAUUAAUCUCUAAUUAGCUACACAAAAUAAAAGAGCACUAAAAAUAAAUCAUACCAAAACAAUGAAUUAUACAGAAAGCAAUGCAGGUUUUGACAGAAAGGCGGGUCAGGUGGCACAACCUGAUAAUUAAUCCCUGUGAAAAAGUCCUCGAGUAAGAAAGGAUUUUGUACAUAUAUUAAUAUGUUGUAUGUAACUGGAUUAUAUAGACUUUAUUAAACCGUUACUGAAUCUGCUUAUCGUUUUUAUUUUACAAGCCCUGAAGUCAACAAGCUUGACAGUUUUACUGCUUCGUAUAUCGUUCUUU